CGCAGUAAGUGCGCAGGACUGGUCCAGUUCUCGGUGACGUUGGCCUCUACUGGUGCUGUUCUGAAAAUGUCAUGUAUUUCCUUUAAUUUUGGGCUUGAUUUAAUACGGUACCGUACAUCAUUGCUGUGGUCGGAUUUCUGAUCGUAACAGGCUUCCUGAGCUCAAGCAGAGCAUGUCCACCAUGGUGUACCCUCAUGGUGAGAGACUAGAGAAGCUUACACAGGAGGAGAUCAUCUCCAGCACUAAACUUGUCAUUCAGGGUCUGGAAGCUCUGAAGAGUGAGCACAACUCCAUCUUGCAAAGUCUGGUGGAAACCAUUCAGUGUUUGAAGAAGGAUGAGGAGGCCAGCUCAGUUCAUGAAAAGUCCAACCUCCUCCGCAAGUCUGUGGAGAUGAUUGAGCUGGGGCUGGGCGAGGCACAGGUGAUGAUGGCUCUGUCCAACCACCUGAAUGCGGUGGAGUCUGAGAAACAGAAGUUGCGUGCUCAGGUACGACGGCUGUGUCAGGAGAACCAGUGGCUGCGAGAUGAGCUGGCAAAUACGCAGCAGAAACUGCAGAAGAGUGAGCAGAACGUCGCACAGCUGGAAGAGGAGAAGAAACAUCUGGAGUUCAUGAACCAGCUUAAGAAAUAUGACGAUGGCGUCUCGCCAGUGGAAGAAAAAAAUGGAGAAACUCCAAAAGAUUCUCUGGAUGAUCUGUUUCCCAAUGAUGAAGACUACCAGGGCCCGCACCAGCACAACAGCGCUGCAGUUGCGGCCGCUCAGCAGGGCGGGUACGAGAUCCCCGCCCGCCUGCGAACGCUCCACAACCUGGUGAUCCAGUAUGCGUCUCAGGGCCGCUACGAGGUGGCCGUGCCGCUGUGCAAACAGGCACUGGAGGAUCUGGAGAAAACCUCCGGACACGACCAUCCGGAUGUAGCUACCAUGCUCAACAUCCUGGCCCUGGUCUACAGGGACCAGAAUAAAUACAAGGAAGCGGCUCAUCUCCUUAAUGAUGCCCUGGCAAUCAGAGAAAAGACCCUGGGCCAUGAUCACCCAGCUGUGGCAGCCACCCUCAACAACCUGGCAGUGCUGUAUGGAAAAAGAGGAAAAUACAAAGAAGCAGAACCGCUGUGUAAGAGAGCACUGGAGAUCAGAGAGACGGUCUUGGGGCGGGAGCAUCCAGAUGUGGCAAAGCAGCUGAAUAAUCUGGCGCUGCUGUGUCAGAAUCAGGGGAAGUACGAGGAGGUGGAGUAUUAUUACUGCAGAGCUCUAGAUAUCUAUGAGAAAAGACUCGGACCAGACGACCCCAACGUCGCAAAGACCAAGAACAACCUGGCGUCGUGCUAUCUGAAACAGGGCAAAUACAAGGAAGCAGAGAUCCUGUACAAAGAGAUCUUGACACGAGCCCAUGAGAAAGAGUUUGGAUCUGUUGAUGCCGAGAAUAAACCCAUCUGGAUGCACGCUGAAGAGAGAGAAGAGAGCAAAGCAAAGAUGUCUGAGGGCAAUCAUUAUGGAGAAUAUGGCGGCUGGUAUAAAGCCUGCAAGGUGAACAGUCCCACAGUAAACAGCACACUGAAGAAUCUGGCCGCUCUGUACCGUAAGCAGGGGAAACUGGAGGCAGCCGAGACUCUAGAGGAGUGUGCCAUGAGAUCUCGCAGACAGGGAGGGUCAAUGGACCCCCAGAGAGAUGGAGAAAGGCGGAGGAGCACUGCAUCCUUGUCCAGUGUGAAGUACGACUGCGGCAGCGACACCAGAGAUGAAGGCAGUGUGGAGUGGAAUGGGGAUGGAACUCUCAGGAGAAGCGGCUCUUUUGGAAAACUCAGGGAAGUUCUGCGCAGAAGCAGUGAGUUGCUGGUGAAGAAAAUCCAAGGAACGAUGCCACCAGAACCUUGCAACACCAACAUGAAGCGAGCAGCAUCACUCGGAUACCUGAACAGUAAUGGAGAUAACGACUCUUUUCAGGAUUUUGCGAUAAACAGGACUUUGAGAAACAGCAGACCUCUUAGCUCAAGCACAGUGGAGCUUUACAAGAGCACAGACCAAUGAAAACAACACAGCAAACACAUUUCCUUGUGGAAACUUUAACAGAGUUGAACAUAUUGGAAGCUUUCGUUUGUGUGAUUUACACAGUUAUGCAUUCUGUCUCACUCAUAUAAAUCAUGCAUUUUUCUCUUUCUUAAUAAGUUUAGACAGAAAUGAAUAUUCUGUCAUAAUUUUUUCACCAUUAAGUUGUUCCAAACACAUACGUCUUUCUUUCUUCUAUGGAACACAGAAGAAAUUGAGCAGAAUGUUCACAUUGUUCCACUCCAUACAACUCCAACUGGACGAAAAGUAUCAUUGAAGUAGUCUUUAUGACUUGUGUGCUACACAAUGCUCCAACACCAUUGGUCCUCAUUAGGGUUGAGAUUCUCGAACGAAUGACUAUUAUGAAACCAGUUCUUUUGAAACACAGCACGACCCGUCUAGUCUGAUUCCCGAAUUAAUGAGUCUUAUGAGUCGGUUCUUUUGAAUCUACACCACAAAACAUUCAACGCAACCAAUGUAGUGGCUGAAGCUGGAACUAAAGUUGCGAUGACUGUCAGAUUAAUCACGCUGUGAAUUUGGCGACAGUGCUUCUAAAAUCUACCUGUGCUUAGUGAAAUUUGAAUCACUGCCCCCAGUGGCCAAAGCUGGAAGUGUUGUUGAGGUGAAACAUUCACAGGGUGCUGCCAAAAGCUAGCUGUAAAUUAUGUUAUAUGAUUAAUUAUUUAAUGCAUUGAACAAAAAUUAUUUUAUUAACUCUACCCCCUAGCCCACACCACAGACCUAAACUAACCCAUUUAAGUAGAAGAAAGAUCAGAGAUACACCUGCCUCAUUCUCUCAGGUAUUAAAUAUCCCAUUGACACAUGCUUAGCAGUGAAAUUUGACCUCAUAUGACCUACAAACCAAAAGAAAGCAAGCAGAGAAGUGUUAGAGAGGUGUCAUUUUAAUGCCAGUCUUUGGGAAAUCUUUUUUUUUUUUUCAGUUGCUUACUUAUUUUGUUACAAUUGACCUAUUUUAUAGAUAGUUGCCCCCAAGAUAGCUCAUCUGUAACUGCAGAUACUCUGUGCAAGCCUUUUUUUUUCUUGUAAUUUUUCAUUGCAGAUUUACAGCAUAUUACACAUCACAGUUUGGAAUAUGGAAUCUGAAUAUAUGGAAUGCACAUGUGUCACAGUGCAUGAUUUCAAUGAUUUGUUUUUGUAUAAUGAUUGAGAACCAGUUUCAUUGUUAAAAAGAACUUGAUUUAUGUUCAAGAAAAAAACUAAUGAUCCUGUCUAGAGUUUUUAGGAAUCAUCUCAUGCUCCAGUGUCCAUAGACUGCUCAAAUAUAUAUAUGUUUGUUUCUGAAUAUGAGAGCAACUUUUUGGCAAAUUAAAAUCACUUGCUGCGCAAAAGCUGUACCCCUAUUUGAUGUGUGUGUUUACAUCUGGAAGACAUAUUUUUUAGGUUGUUUGCUUAUCUGUAAUGCGUCCAGGGGCGUAGAUUCCAUGGGGGAUGGGGGUAGGUAACCCACCCCCAAUAAUCAAAACAAGCAAAAACAUGUUGUCUAUAAGUAUGUCUUAUAGACAACAGAAAGGAAACGUCUUACAGAUUGCAGAUGAGCAAACAAACUAAAGAAAUAUGUCUUCCAGUCUGGGUGAUGUACGUGUGUCAUCAGGGUUGUAAGUCUGAUCGUUUGAAGAUGUUUACCUGAUGUUAAUUAGAAUGUGGUGCUUUCCAGAUUAAACUGAA